AUGUCCUUGCUCUAUGAAGAUGAAUUCGUCAGCGUAAAUGAAGUGGCGCUAACAAUCAAAAACUAUCAUUUCCCAUCAAAGAAAGUCAAGUGCAUUCCCAUCGAAGCUAUACGUGUUCUAUGGUUUGAGGAACAAGAUCGAACAAAAUGUCCAACGAAAAUGUGGGGAAAAUCGACAACAUUUGUCUAUUGGGCAUUAGAUGUGAAAAGCUAUAAAAUCCGCAGUCAAGAAUUACCCUCUACAUUAAAUGGCGUACAUUCAGCUGAAAUGCAAGACAGACGAUUAGAAAAACGAUUAGAGCUAAUGAGCUAA